CGAACUUCAGGCUUGUUCGCGAUCUGUCGUGGUGGUGUUGAGUGGUUUUUUCGGAGAGACAUUUUAAGAUAUUUCAAUAUUGACUUAUUGUGGAUUAAAAAUUUCUCUUGUGCUAAACAAUUGCUGACACUUUAUCCAUAGUCUACCUUCCAUAUUGAUUUUGUUUCCUGAAGCAAUUUUACCCGCGAGUGAUUCUGUGGUGUUGUGAAAAAGAAUACAGUUGUGGGAAGUGAUCUGGCCAUCUUGAAAAAGAUAUGUCGAGUAGUGUGAACAGACGUCAACAGAAUAGUGUUUAUCUCGCGACACAUGUAUUGUAUAUUUCUUAAUAACGAUUCAAUUUAGUUUCGGUGCUAUUGAUAAAGGCGUGGUAAUUUUGCGUGUGAGUAAAAUACGUAUUUUUGCGUCAUGUAUCGUGGCGACGGUCUUGUUCAACGACGUAGAGUAGUGAAUAGUAGUUGUCCCGAUCAGGAUGGCUCCAAUGAAGCCGGAGGACAUCCUGAUAAGGUGUCAGGUCAUAAUAUGGAUGCAGACAGCUCCUCUCAAAAUGACCUUAAUUCAAAUCCCACCAUCGACGAGGAUUCUGAUAAGGAAACUAGAUUAACACUUAUGGAAGAAGUUCUACUAUUAGGACUCAAAGAUAAGGAGGGAUAUACGUCGUUUUGGAAUGAUUGUAUAAGCUCCGGACUUCGUGGCUGUAUUUUGGCAGAAUUAGGACUUCGAGGUCGAGUAGAAUUAGAAAAAGCAGGAAUGCGAAAGAGAGGAUUACUAUCUCGGAAGCUUGUCUUAAAAAAUAGUGAUCCAACUGGAGACGUUUUGCUAGAUGAGGCUUUGAAACACGUAAAAGAAACUGAUCCACCUGAAACUGUGCAGAGUUGGAUCGAAUAUCUCAGUGGGGAAACAUGGAAUCCUCUAAAGUUGAAAUAUCAAUUAAAGAAUGUGAGAGAAAGGUUAGCAAAAAAUUUAGUAGAAAAAGGAGUCCUUACUACUGAAAAACAAAACUUUCUCCUUUUCGAUAUGACAACUCAUCCUCUAACAGACAAUCUCGCUAAAACGCGACUUGUUAAAAAGAUUCAAGAAGCAGUUUUAAGCCGCUGGGUGAAUGAUGCUUCUCGAAUGGAUCGACGAAUAUUACCAUUAAUUAUUUUAGCUCAUGCAGCAGAUGUACUUGAAAAUGCUUUUGCUCCCUUAUCGGACGACGAUUAUGAGGUGGCAAUGAAACGAGUACGAUGCCUGCUUGAUUUAGAUUUUGAAGCAGAAGCUGUAAAGAAUAAUGCAAAACCUGUUCUUUGGGCUGUGUUUGCUGCCUUUACCAAGUAACACGGAAUUUUCACUCUAGGAAUAUGAAAUGUUCAUUAUUACUAGGUUGAAAUGGAAAAAAAACUUGAAACAUUUGUCGAUGAUAUUUGUUUACUGCGAUUAAAGAAAAUAAUAAUCGAGUAACCUGUAUUCCUGUAAAGAAAUUUUUAGAUUAGACCACCCUCUAUUUUCUAAUUUAAGAAGACAUUGUACUGAAUAGUCCCCUGAUGAAUGAAUCAGUGAAUGAAUGAAUUUGCCUUUAAGGCACUGUUGCCAGCAAGUAAAAUAGUAAAUGCAGAUGCAUAAUAGAAAUUUAAAUCUGUAUAAGGAAAUAUUUACAGAGAGGCACUAUAAAAUGUCAAGGAGAAAUUUUUAAUCAAUUCAAUUUCAAUUUCAAAUUCAAAUUCUAAUGCUUCAAAUCACAAAAAAAAUGUGAAUAGAUAAUACUGGCAAUCUUGCUUUUGAAUAUCAUUCGAGUGUAAAAUUUUGGUGUGACUGUGCCAUGAUAAAUUUCAAUUUCGAUAAAUUUUGUUGAGCUUGCCGCUGAAUUUUUCUUAUUUCUUUAUCGAUAGGUGAAUAUGUUUAUGUGUUGGCUAAGAUAAAUGGCAGUUAUUCAUGAGACAUCGAAUUAGAAGAAGAAAAACUUUUUGUAUUCAACGAGGUGCAGAAUGGACUUUUAAUGUUUUAAAUCAAAUAUAAAAAUAAGUCAUUUUAAAAUUAUUUCGAAAAUAUUUUAAAGUUCAUUCAUCAUUCUGUUUAUAAUCUGAAGAAACUAAUAGAAGAUUCUCUUUUUCACAGUUUGUUUCUUCACGCUUGAAUUAAUGUAUAUACUUUAUUUAUAUGCCAUUAUAUUUUUGUCUACUAAACAGUUUUUAAACAAAUUUGGACAAUUGUAAAAUAUUAUUGUUACACUUAGAUUUAGCUUAUUAAAUAGAAAUUGUUUAAUUCAUUUAAUUUUUUUUGUUCGUCAAUAAAACCAUGUCAUUACAAUAAAUAUGUUCACAUAACA